CAAGCUGGUGCGAAACAGAGACACCAUGGGCCUGCCCACUUGAGCAUGAAGCAUUGACGCGACCGUCGUGUGGUGGCGCUGUAUGCCAUGAUACAUGCACAGGCCUAGACGAUCGAUAGGAAAGACAAAUUGCGUUGAAUUCUGGCGUCGCUUCAGCUAACUGGCUCAAAUCAAAGUUCCCCAUUCAUGGAGCGCAUUACGUGAGGCUUUGUGAGGAAUAUGCUGCUGCCGCUCCUCUUCGUCGCGCUUGUCCCUGUGGAGUGGUGUAGCUCACUUCGCUACUAUUACAAGUCUACGGAAAAGGAGGACUUCCUCAUCGGAGCGCUAUUACCCAUCCAUCGGCCUCCGUACACCACCGAAAGCACCACCAGUAGCUGCGGUGGAAUCUGGGAACUACCGGGCAUCCAACGAUUCGAGGCCGCGCUGCAGACCGUGGACGACAUCAACUCGCGGCCAGACCUGCUGCCCAACUCGACGCUCGGCAUCCAGGUGCGUGACAGCUGCCAGUUCACGGCCAUCGCGCUCGAGCAGGUCUCCCAGAUUAUUCGGCGCUCGGCGUGGUCCAAGGUCGAUUACCGCGAGGAACCGCAUCCGUACCACCGACCGCCGCCUGAAGACGAUGUCGUGCACGCGGCGCGGUGUGAAGACGCGAGUCCGGAGAAAAACCUGGUGGCCGUGGUCGGCCCGCUGCUCGAAGGAGGCGCAGCCGACGUUCACAGCCUGAUGAGCCUCUUCAAGAUUCCUGUGGUCGGCUACGCGUUCGACGGACAGGAGCCCGACUUGAACUCGAUGCUGGGCUACUACGUCAGCGUGGCACCCUCGAAUGAGUCGACGCAGGCACGAGCCAUGGCCGACCUCGUGACCUACUUCAACUGGACCUACGUCUCUACAGUCUUCACCAACGAUGUUACAAACGAAGCCGCCUUGACAGAGUUCAUGACGGUGUCCAAGGACCGAGGCGUCUGCAUCGCGCACUUUUUGGCGCUGAGCUCCAGCGCGACCAACGCGGAGUACUACGAGGCGAUCGCCAACCUGCAGACUUACGAGAGCAGCCGAGUGGUAGUGUGCUUCUGCACCUCCAUCACCGUCGUCAGGCUGCUCACCGUCAUUCGUGACACGAACAUCACGGGACGCUUCACGCUCGUCGUAAGUGAAUCAUGGAUGGCGGACAAAGAACUUCUGACGGGCCUCGAAGAACAAGCGGCCGGUAGUCUGGCUUUCCGCAAUCACGUAGAGCCAGACGAUGAGUUCAAGGCAUACUACACCAGCCUCAACCCAAGCAACAACGUCAGAAACCCGUGGUUUACUGAGUUCUGGGAGGCCAAGUUCCAGUGUUCACUUGGCCGUCAAGAUGGAACUGCUGAUAAGUAUGAACGGGAAUGCACAGGUAAAGAGUCGCUCAGCGAUGGCUAUGAGCAAGACGCACAAAUUGACGGAGUCCGAAGUGCCAUCUACCUGGUCGCUCGGGCACUGCACAACAUGCUGCAAGACUACUGCCAAACGAGCGCCGACAAGAAUUGCUAUAGGCACAUCCACGUCAGCGGCGAGCAGUUUUUCGACUACCUCGAAGACACGGCCCCUGUCUACCAGCGAAGCAUACCUGAGCUCAAUAAAACACGCAGUGCGACCCCGUGGUACGACGUGGUUAACUUUGUGAAGUCCGAUGACAGCAAAUACGACAUUAAGACCGUGGCCACGUGGUCUGACAACCAACUCACGGUGCUCAAGACGCCCCUGUGGAACGCGAAGGGCAGUACCGAGGUUCCCGUGUCCGAGUGUGGAAUGCCGUGUCCCGUUGGGCACGUCAAGGUUCACCAAUCGAUCACAAACCCGUGUUGCUGGAAAUGCGUCCCCUGCGCCGACAACCAGUACGUGGUGGACGAUUACCUCUGCGCCCAGUGCAAGCAAGGAACAUGGCCGAAUGAGAACAUGGACGGUUGUGAUUCGAUCCCUCAGAAGUACGCACAGUGGACCGAGACCGCGUCCAUAGUGGCCAUGGUCAUCUCGGUUCUAUCCAUUGUAAACACAGUCUGCACAACGGCGAUCUUCAUCCGGUACGCCCACUCGCCCAUCAUCAAGACGACAUCGCGAGAGCUGUCGUUCGUCGUGCUCGCGGGUGUCCUGCUCAGCGAGGCCGGCACCUUUGCCGUCAUCUCUAAACCUUCCGUGGUGUCCUGCCUCCUCGAGCGACUCUGUCCCGUGCUAGGAGUGGCCACGGUAUACGCCGCCAUCUUCGCCAAGACCUACCGGCUCUGCCGAAUCCUGUCGUCGACCGAGAGGCAGGGCUCCCCUGCUGCCGUCAACGUGAGAGUCGUGAGCAGCGGGACCCAGCUGGCCAUCGCGGGAGGCCUGGUCGCCGUGCAGUUCUUCACCACGGCCGUCAUGCUCAUCUUCCAAAGACCGGGAACCAUACAAGUCUACCCGGCACCGAAUCGUUCCGUUCUUAUCUGCGACUUGACCGAACUCGCCUAUCUGCUGCCAUGGGCGUACAACUUCCUCCUGAUCGCCCUGUGCACGGUGUGCGCCUUCAGGACCAGGAAUCUACAGACCAGCUUCAACGAGGCCAGGAUGAUCGGUUUCGCGAUGUACGCGACCGUGAUCACAUGGAUCGCUUACGCGGCCGUCUACGUCGGUAGCGAGAACAACCGAAAGUUGUCGCUCUGCCUGGCCAUAAGCGCGUCCUCUCAAGUGCUCAUCGCGCUUCUCUUCCUGACCAAGAUAUACGCCGUCCUCUCCGAGCCCGUGAAAAACGCCUGCUGCAGCAUGUUCGGCGCUCGACCAGAAGCGACCAGCACUGUCUCAAUAGUCCACGAGCUCGGGCAUGAGGGCCCGCAGAGCUCCAGCAGGUCGCUCGAGAGCUUGGCGCAAGAUAAAAUAAAGUGAUUUGCGUUUUGUG